UGGGUAGUUUACCCUGCCAAGAAUUUGGUAGUCUAGAACGAGCGCUGAGCUGACGAUGGUACCUGAAGACUCUGACCUUUAUUUUAUUCGAGUAGGCGGCAUUUCCGCCCGAAAUUGUUCUCUUUGCCUUCCAUUGUAGAGCGAACUUUCGGAUUGACGUCCUGUGAACACAAUGUUGGAAAAAACGGCAUUGUACUUGAAGCUCGCCGCUUAUGUGCUAAACAUUAUCUACGAAGAGCUCGGACGUGCAGCUAGGACGGCCUGGGUUCGUCGUCGAGUACGUUGGUUCGGUCCACCUGCGCCCUUGUCCCGGGAUCGCAACAUCGUCAUUGUCGGGGCUUCAUUCGCAGGGAAUCGUGUCGCUCAACUAUUGACGUCCUGCCUACCUCCCAAUAGCCCAUACAAGGUUAUUGUCAUUGAGCCCAACACACAUUUCCAGUUUUCAUGGGUUCUUCCACGCUUAUGUGUGGUUGAAGGACAUGAACACAAAGCAUUCAUCCCUUACGGCGGUAAUGUUCACGAUCAGCCAGCUGGCGUCUUGCGAUGGGCGAGGGAUCGAGUGAUUGGGGUCACGGAGAGCAGCGUGCAAUUGAAAGAGAGUGGCGAGAUCAUCCCCUACGACAUGUUGGUUAUCGCGACAGGCUCUGGGGUUGAGACAGGUCUACCAUCCAGAGUGAAUGCUACCGACAAGAGACAAGGCAUGGAGCUUAUGCGCAACAUGCAGCAGAAAAUCAAGGCUGCCAACACUGUCGUGGUAGUGGGAGGUGGCGCUGCUGGUGUUGAAAUUGCUACGGAUGCCCAGAAUCUUUAUCCUAACAAGAAGAUUAUUCUUGUCCAUUCUCGAGCAGCGGUUAUGAACCGAUUUGGCCAGGGACUGCAAAAGACGGCGCUAGAAGGUCUCCAAUCUCUAGGUGUGGAAGUUAUCUUGCAAGAUAGACUUGUACAGACCGUACCCGGGUCAGGCACGAUUCUUCUCAAGUCAGGUCGUGAGAUUCAAUGCGAUCUUGUUCUAGAUUGCACAGGUCAAAAGCCUUCAUCAGGAAUCGUCUCUCAAUUGUCGCCUACUUCCAUCUCACCUUCUGGUCACCUCAGAGUGAAACCUACCUUGCAACUCGCCGAUGACAAAUUGCCCAAUGUCUAUGCUUGCGGAGAUGUUGCCGACACUAAAACACCAAACCCGAAUGCCCGCUCGGCAAUGCGACAGGCGUCUAUUGUGGCGGAAAACAUAUUGUCGGUCGCAACAGGCGGUAAACCACGACACAAGUACGAGAAUAACUGGUCUGAUGGGGUGAUUAAAUUGACGCUAGGUCUGACUCGGUCGGUAACACACUAUGGCGAUGGAAAAUCAGAGCUCUUGUUUCCUGGGACAGAAACAGACGAGGCGUUGAUGUCGGCAAUGUGUUGGUCAAGGAUGGGACAGAAGCCGUUUGAAGAUCCGUACAUGGACGCGGUCGCGGAUAGUUCUACGAUUAAAGAGAGUGUAUAGAAAAGACGCUGUACAGGCGAGCCUAUUCUUACACCUCAUAUCAUCGUGAACGAUAUGAAACGAAUGGCCGAUGCUGUACAGUAUGAUUCAAUUAUAAGAUAUAGAUAGUAGUACAUUAACAUCCAAAUACCCUAAACGCCGUUCCCAUGCUUAUUAGAAUCUA